AUGGACUCACAUCACCUUCUACCUGGGUAUGCAAGUCGAGAGAGUAGACUCGACAGUAUCAUGGCCAAACAGCAACACCAAUACUUCAAUGGAAGGACUAAAGUUGAUGUUUCUGCCGAUGAAACUGAUUUACAACCAAACAACAGCGAAAAUGAUAUUGAUAUUGAUAUUGAUGAUAACGGUCAAGGGCAUACUAUCAAUAAGCCAGAUGCUGCAACAAUAAACAUGUACUCACAGUUGAGACAGCUUUACAACGAGGAAAAUUUCAAUGAAAUCAUGUUCUUGCUUCCUGAAGUAUCACAAUUGAAUACUGUGCCACCAAUAUUCCAUUUGAUUAUUGGUUGCACUAUGACCCAUUUCGGCAGAUUGCAGAGCGCUUUUAGAGAAAUUGGGGUUUCCAUAUGCUUAGCAACAAAUGAUUCAGACAGAAAGGAGUUUAUCAAAGUAUUGGCAUAUACUUACGCCGAUUUAAAUGAUCAAGAUUCAGCUAUGGGAUGUCUUGGUGAAGUAUUAGACAUGUCACGAGGUAUAUUGUUGAAUACAAAACAGUUUGAUGAAAUGAAACUUGAAAUAUGCCAACUUGAAAAAGACCUUUUGUUGAAGUUGGAACAAUCAAAGUCAAGCAAAAAUCCUACCAACAGCAAGAGUAAAUCAUUUGAAGAUCAGGUAUUGGAUUUAAUUGCAUUGAACAAAACAUUUCCCAAAACUUCAUUCACUGGUAAGUGUCAGAUUAUUAUUCAGAAACUUAAUCACGCUGAAAUUUUGUUGCAAAAAUGGGAUAAAGAAAGGGAUCCAUUGUUGAAGCACAACCCUCUUAAACUAAUGCUUGAUGCUAUAUUUGUCCUUGGUCCCAGCAUUGCUUACUAUGGAAUGUUGAAGUUAGAACCAAUCAUGAAUCAAUACUUUGAAUUUAUUGAAAAUAAUUCAAAAGUCGGCAAAUCUCCAAAGUCUAGAGCUGUCUCCUCAUUUUUCUUUUUGGGAGGAUUGAAUCCUGUACGUGGGAAUAGUGGGCGAGGAGGAGGAGGAGGAGGAGGGAGAGGUGGAGUACCAGGCUCUGAUAACAGCGGUUAUUAUGUACCAUACAGUCCACUGGCAACAAACUGUAUGGCAUCCGCCCAGCAGGUAAAGAUUAUUAAGGGGUUCAUUGCCAUGUUGCGCCACAAAUACAAAGAAGCUUACGAAUUAUUCCACGAAGCACAGGAUGAAAAUGCUGAAAUUUAUAACCAUGUUUUGACUCUCAAAUACAUUUGCCGAUCAAAUAUACCCCAAUUAUCUAGGAGGGAGUUGGAAGUUCUUGGGGAUAAAAUCAACAAGCUUCCAUUCGUUUCUACUUUUAAAUUCUUUACUUUGGCAACCAUUUACCAAAACUUGUAUCUUUUACAACAAGCUGGUUCAUCAAGACACAGAAGGAGAAGCUCAAUGACGAGUGGACCAGCUCCUAAUUACUACAAUUUGCUGAUGAAGCAUUUCAUAUCAGCUGCCGCAUACGCUCAAGAUGAUGACUUGUACGUUACACUGCACUAUGACAAUAUCUUGAAUUUCUUGAUAAAUGCGGGAAAAGGAUAUUUUGGCAGUGAUGACGAGGGUGGCAGCAAAAUUGACAAAAAGCAAAUACCCACAUUGGCAUUCUUUUAUCAAGUGCGUAACUAUUUUUGCUUGAAGUCGGAUUACAACUACCUUCACAUCCCGAAUUUGGUUGGCGAUUGGCAAGAGAUUAAAACCAACACUGAAUUAAAGCUGCAAAUUGAAAAGUUUUUGGACUCUGAUGCUGAUGAACUCACCAACGGUGUUGAAAAUUCACAUCUGCAUAGUAAAACCCACAAGGGAGAUGGUAAACUGUUUGACAUGAUUAAGUUUUGGGAAAAGGAGUAUCUCAAGUUCAAGGGAACUAUGCCGGAUACCAUAAAGCAGUACUUGAAGAAAACUUGA